CCGCCCACCUUCCUUCGCAGUCCGGCUGUCACGUGGUAUCAUGGAUGUACUUCCUCCCAUUUCCGGCUUGGUCACUAAGCGACGAAGAGUCGUCCGUUGCCAGGCAACAAGGUGACGUGCCAACAUAUUGGAGGUGCAGGAGAGAAGAGAGGAUCCGGGGUGAUGGCUACAAUGUCGGCCACUGUGGUCCAGUAUGGCCGGAGGAAAGGCUCCAGCAGAGGGAAGGCAGCUGAAAAGGUCACAGACAAUGCCGGUGUAACAGUAAAGCCGGUGGAUCUGCGUCAUGUCACUGUGCUUCCUAAAGCAGACUGGGAACGGAUUGUGAAUUAUAACAACACAUUGGAAGAAGAAGAAAGGAGGCUUCAUGAAGAGCGGAAGGAGCAGGAAGACUUGCACCUACGUUCCCAGGAAGUGGUGAAAAACUGGACUAACACCAUAUCUGGUUUGAGGCAGAAGAGGCUAAAAUCAAAGAAGCUUCGGGAGGAAAAAGAAGAGGAAGAAAAGAAGAAAAUUGAUAUAGAGGAGGCCCAAUAUCAGGCAGAGAAAAGGAGAGAGGCCAUUGAAAAAGCCAGGACCAAGCAAUACUACCAGACUGAUAAAGUCAAGACAUUCCAUAGUGCACUGCUACUUACUGAAGUCAUAAAAGAGCGAGAUGCACAGAUGGAGCUCAAAAAUAAGAUGAUGAAUAUGAGCAAUAAGCAAGGCAAAGACACUCUGGCAAACAUGCAGCGAGAACUGGAAGAAAGUAUUUAUAAUGACCAGCAGAAGGCGCUGCAGAGACUGACGGAAAGAAAGUAUAACGCAAAUGAGCUUAUGAAACAGGUGGAGGAGCACAGACAUGCUGCUGAACUAGAGAAGCAAGCUAACUACAGGGAGGGUGAAGAAAUCAAAAGACUGACCAGACUGAACGAGUGGGAAAUGGGCAAGCUGGCUAAACUGAAACGGGAUGAGAAACAAGAAAUAAUGAGAGCCCAUUUGGCACAUGUUGCAGACAGAGACGUGCUCAGAGAGAUUGAGAAACAGAAGGAAGAAGAGAAUGAUGACUUGCUACGUCGCUUCGUUCUUGCAAAGAAACAAAUGUCCAACUUGAGAAAAGGAAGAGAGAAUGAAUUGCACAGGCAAACAAUGGAACGUAGGGAUCACAUCACUGAACUGCUGGCGGCACAGAUGAAGCAGAAAGUUGACGAUGAAGAAGAACACAUAGCAAAAGCUGUAGCAAAAAUGGAAGCAAAAAACAAAAAAGAAACACAGGAAAAAGAAGAGAAAAUAAAGUCGGAUAUCAAGGCCAUCACUGAGCAUAGGCUUGCAAUGAGAAGAAAAAAAGAAGAGGAAGAAAAAGAUGAGAAGUUGAAGGCCUUACAAGCCCUUUAUAAAAUAAAAGAGGCGGAUAAUUACUUCAUUGCACAGCAGAAAGAGAAAAUGAGACAAACAGAAGAACAAUGUAAGAAAAUGCAAACAAUGCAGAUCCAACAGAUGGCUGAGAAGAAAACCAUGUCUGAGGCAGAAAAAGGAGCAGAGAUAGCUUAUACAAAACAAAAUGAAGCUUUAAUGUUGAAGGAAGAGGAUGUUUUCCAAGAGUAUGCCAAACAAGUGAUUGAUUCAGUCACCAAUGCUGGGUGUAAUCUAUAUGCGCUGAAGAAAGCAGCUCAGAUUGGUACUGGUGGUGGGCACGGCCCAGUUUACUCUGGCAGAGGAGGCAUUCGGCCCAGCUACCUGGUACAGGACACCAGUGGAGUCCAACUUCCGGCCUACCAGAAUGACGCUACCCAGCAAAUAAAGGGGAUCUAUGAUUCUGGGGAUAUCCAACAUGCUAAAAGAAAACUUGGUUUUACAUACUAAGGCACAAUUUUACCACGUUUACACAACUGCACAAGGAAACUUGUACUGAGACAAUAUAGAGCCGGCCAAUUCUGAUCUAGCCUGAAAAUAUUGGUUACCUGGCUGUCGUGAUUCAUUAAUUUUAGUACUUUGUCCUGGAACAAGUAUGCAGAUCAGUAUUCAUUCCAGAAACAGUCAGGGAACAAAGAAAUUUCAGGAGAGCAGCAGCUUCUGCCCCGUAUUCUCUCAGUACCGGAUUCCAUAAAGGAUAUCUGAACUUUCUGACAAAGUACAGUUAUAAUUUUUGCCUACCCCUAAAGCCGGCCAUAGAUGGUGCACUUUUCUUUGCUGCAAUCGCAUGCACUUACUGACUGUGUUGAUGGGAGAAUCCUUCCUAAGAAGCCAUUGUGUUCUCCUGGCGGGAAGAGCCGUCCCUGUCAGGAGAACGCACAGUGAUUAUUGCUACCGCCUAUAGCCGGUGGCAAUAAUCACAUGGAAAAUCCAAUGGAUCGACAUAGGGUACAAUCAGCCUGCCCAUACAUGUUUCGAAUCUCAGUUGGUCCCUGCUGAACUGGCUGAGAUUCGAACUGUCCAUGGCCUACUUGACCUAAUGGCCCCUCCUCCCAAAUGUAUGCUUUCCCCAAAUUUGAUGAAGACUACCUUCAGAAAAGUUUAGAGCCUCUGGUCAAAAACCUUCCUUCCACUGGAUGCAUCUGCACAUUUAUUCCUCAAUAAAGCGGAGGUCCAUCUGAUUUUU